UUCUUGGAAGAGGCGGGACAGGGAAAGGAGAAGUGGUCCUUCUGGCAUCCGAGAAGGGCCGUGCCGCCUGCGGGAAGCCGGGGCAGUGGCGAUGGGGCCUGCUUCCGCCCGCCGGCCGGCCUCCUGCGCCCGAGGGACCCGCUCCCGCGGCGCCGGCCUGAUGCUCCUUCCUUCCAUGCUGAUGUUCGGCGUGAUCGUGGCCUCCAGCGGCCUGCUCCUGAUGAUCGAGAAGGGCAUCCUGUCUGCGGUGAAGCCCCUGCCGCUGCCUCCCUCGCGGGGUGAAGUGUCCUGGCGGAGGGCCCCGGCGGCAGAGGGCGAGGAGGAGGGCGAGGCGGUGCUGCGGGACACCCGCAACCGGACCCUGCGCGCCGUCUGCGGGCAGAAGAGCAUGCCCGGCAGCGCCUGGGACCUUCCCGCGGGGCAGAGGAAGACCCUCCUCAAGCACAUCCUGGUCAGCGACAAGCACCGCUUCCUCUACUGCUACGUGCCCAAGGUGGCCUGCUCUAACUGGAAGCGCAUCCUGAAGGUCUUGGGCGGCGCCCUGGAGAGCGUGGAGGUCAAGCUCAAGAUGGACCACCGGCGGGACCUGGUCUUCCUGGGCGACCUCAAGCCCGACGAGAUCCGCUACCGCCUCAAGCACUACUUCAAGUUCCUCUUCGUGCGGGACCCCAUGGAGCGCCUGCUCUCCGCCUACAGGAACAAAUUCGGAGAGAUCAAGGAGUACCAGCUCAAGUACGGCGUGGAGAUCGUCAAAAGGUACCGGAAGAACCCCGGGAAGACCGCCGGGGACGACGUCACCUUUUCCGAAUUCCUCCGCUUCCUCUUGGACGAGGAGCCGGAGAGGAUGAACGAGCACUGGAUGCCCAUUUACAACUUGUGCCAGCCCUGCGCCGUGAGGUACGACUUUAUCGGAUCCUACGAAAGACUGAAGGAAGAUGCCGAUUACGUCCUGGAAAGGAUCCAGGCGCCUUCUUUCGUACGCUUCCCAGAGCGGCAGUCGUGGUACAAACCGGUCACUCCCGAAACCCUGCAUUAUUAUUUGUGUAACACACCAAGGGACCUUAUCGAACAACUAUUUCCAAAGUACAUACUGGAUUUCUCUUUGUUUGCGUACCCUCUUCCAAACAUUACGACUGAAUCUUGCAGGCAAUGAACUUUUCCCAUUGUAAAUCCUAUGCAAUUACCCCUGUGAAAAUAUUCCCUACACCAAGCAGGUACUGGCUUGUUCAGUAGACUCUCCUCUACAGUUA